AGGACAUGCAGACUUGGCGCAAACGCAGCGCACACCGAGUAGUGUAGCCAUUAACUCCCUAAGCUCACACAAGUUCCUGCCCCGGCUGUGGUUGCCAGUUAAUGGAGUUGGCGUCAGCACGGAGCCGGCGGAUCCGGAGCCAUCGUUAGUUCGUGGCUCCGUGAUAGUGCUCGCUCGCCUGGGUGAUAGUCCUUCCAACAUUCGUUGGUGAAUCGCAGACAUGGCAGACGAGGAGGCCGGCAAGGAGGGCGAGAAGAAAAUCGUGCACGUUUAUCCUCUGGUUAAGCACACCGAUAUGAACGAGGAGAUGCGGAUAGAGGCCAUUGAACUGUCCAUUACCGCCUGCGAGAAAUACUCAUCGAACUACGAGCACGCUGCCAAAAUCAUCAAGGAGAACAUGGACAAGAAGUUCGGCAUCUACUGGCAUGUGGUCGUGGGCGAAGGGUUCGGCUUUGAGGUCUCCUACGAGACGGAGAACAUUCUUUAUCUGUUCUUCGCCGGCAACCUGGCCAUCGUGCUGUGGAAGUGCUCCUGAAUGCGGGUCAGCAGUGACACUAACGUACCUAGAAACCGGAACUGGAACCAAAACCGAACCAAACAAAAAUUUAGCAUUAAUUUUAGUCAUACACACAGAACACUCACCGUAGUUAACGAAUGUUAUGAAUAUUAAGCCGCGCGGAGGCGGCGGAAAUAAAUCCCCUGGCAACCAUGUGACUUGUUGGGAAAAG